UGUCGCGAAGGCCAUAGACAUGCGGACCUUGUGCAAAAAAAAUUUGUCAAAUCCUUCGGUGUGGUGAGUCAUUGCUACAAGUCGGCGACAGACAUUGCACUGAAGUGUUUCGCCUGCGUUCAACACAGCGCUCCGUUUCUUUGUUCGAAGCCAGGAAUCUCGGGGCACUGUGGACACGUUCCAAAUACAGAGGAGUCGAUAAUGGCUUGUAUUCUGGCAGUGCACUUUCUCGAGGCAUCCAUGAGGCAGAGUACCACCCUUCGGCGCUACAUAGCCUCAUGGCUGCACCUAUAAGAACUGCGUUGGUUCAACCGUACGACAGCUUUCUGCAAGCCGUUUUGUGACUCGAACCCGCUCGCCUUUCAAGCAUAUCUUUCGAUCUCACACCGCAAGAGAAAUAUGGAAGGAUCACCAUACCGCCUCAUCUUGGAAUCAGAUGAUGAUUCUGAUUCCUCGAGUGAAGUCACUGAUCACGUACCCUCUGCGGAGGGAAUCGAGCAGGAGGACAUUCCGGACGGUCCUCCAGGAAGUGUACUGCAAGUCAAGAAUCUGUACGAGGUGUACGACCCGAAGGAGCAAAGGUAUGUACUCAGGCCGGCUCCUUUGGAGACCGCAUCCGAGGAUCUACGGGAGGGCUCGAAGUACGCGGUGUAUGCCUUCUCGGUGAUCCGUCACUUUUCGCGCUCUGGCAAGGGCAAGAAACACGAUGUUAUUCUAUCACUCGAGAUUCAUAGCAAGCACCUCAUCGAAGUUGCGAAAGAAGUCAUAGGACACGUCCACGGCAUCUCAUGGAACGCCAAAAAACUCCGCAUCAACCCGCAAAUUUUCCUCUCCUGGCUGCGUGAGCUGCAGGCUUACCAAGCGAAGUUGAUUGUCGCGGCACACACUGCCCCGGAGAACGACCCUGCCCGCCUCAAGGUCACCCACCUCAGCCAUCUGCUAACCUACCUCACCACAACGUACGCGUCUACCCUCGACACGCUGUCGUCGUGGCUUCGCCAUGGCGAAAUUACAUUCGAUCUUUUGUGGGCGGUGUAUAUCCCUGGCAAGACCAUCCUCUACACUCUUUGUCCCGUCACGGGCGAGCCGCGAGCUGUUCGCUUGCUGCAUGCGGAACUAUGCAAGGUACUGGGAGGAUGUUUGCUCUCCGUUUACGACCCCACAGGCCUGGCAGUCGGCAAAGAUGAUGACGGCCAGUAUAACGAUUUCGUGUGGCGGCUCCACGUGGUAUACGUGGAAGCAAAUGUCCCCGAGCCAGGCCGCCGAACGAAAAUGAUACAUGAAUUCGGAUACGCAGGUCUCCAAACGGCGCUGUGCGUCUGCGGCUUUGCUGGCGCGAGGAAGAUCUCGGGCUUGAAUGUCUUUCCUAUUGAAUACUACGCCGGUCCCGGCGGCGCGAGGGGUUUGAAAGAACGAUUGAUCAAGCGCGGCAGAAAGUGGGCCGCGAUCGCUGGAGGGGUCCAUCACCUUGCAUAUCAAGGCAUGGCGUCCUGCUGGGAGAAGUCUUCCUACGUGAAGUUCAGCGUGAAAUCACGAAUUAUGAUUGAUCGCAAGACCUUUGUAGAGCACUGGCCAAACUAUGCGAAACAUCCAGAAAUUACGAGAACAUUGUUAGGAGGCAACAUCGAGAAACACACCCUCAACAGCAAUCUCGCCGCUUCGAAUGGUCAAACAUCGACCACGGGAGCCACCGGCCUGUCAGAAGAAGAGUUAUUGCUCACUACGCCCGUCGUCUAUGGAUUCAGUCUGUCUGAUAAGCGUUGGCUGGAAUUUGCGAUUGAUCAGGUGGAGACGUUCGAGUGGAAUGACGAAGUCUUCUCGCAGCUGGUCAUUACGGACCAACACAAGAUGAUCCUGCGGACGCUCGUGGGAUCAUACAGUGCGGGCGCGGCAUCCGGUUUCGACGACUUUAUAGCUGGAAAAGGCCUCGGACUUGUAGUCAACCUCUUCGGCAAUCCUGGGAUAGGCAAAACCUUGACGGCCGAGGCAAUCACCGAAUAUUUGCGAAAGCCCUUGUAUGUCGUAGAUGCUGGUGAACUCGGAACGACACCCCAAGAUUUGGAUAGAAACUUGUCAAACGUGCUCAAGCUAUCGGCUGCAUGGGAUGCGGUCGUCCUCAUCGAUGAGGCGGAUGUUUUCCUUGAGCAACGCUCAUUGGACCACCUCGACAGGAAUGCCAUGGUUGCUGUCUUCCUGAGGCAGCUCGAGUAUUUCCGCGGGAUCCUCUUCUUAACUACGAACCGGGUUCGGGUGUUCGACGAAGCAUUCCAGUCUCGCAUUCACGUCUCACUCAAGUAUCCGGACCUCACUCCUGAUGCGCGUCGCCAGAUCUGGGUGGCAUUCAUUCGCAAGGCCAACGCAAAUCUGGCAGAUGGGCAGCUAACAGAAGAAGAGCUGAGUGAUCUGGGUGAGAGGAAGGUCAAUGGACGGCAGAUAAAGAACGUUGUAAAGACUGCUGGAGCUCUGGCUGCUGGCAAGCAGGAGGUUCUGGGCUAUACGCAUCUGGCACAGGUUGUGGACUUGAUGGAGCAGUUUGAAAUGAGCGAUUGAACGUCUGAAUAACGUGUUCUUGCACUCUUACACUUGACCUUGUGAUAUGUCUGUGAUCUCGCAAAUAAGGCAUGGGCUGCCGCCUUCGUACGUUCGAUAGUUAAUGCUGUGCUUUCCUGGGCAUAAGCAUGCCCUUAUUCAAUCUCUACAUUCAAUGUCACUGGUCGUCGUUUCACGAAAAUUCUCAGGGAAGACCGAGAAAUUAGGCUG